CUACAAAUAACCAGAGGAUUAAUUAAGUACCCAUAAAUAAUUCUACUCCAACAUGGGUUUAACUUAACCAGCUUAAGUAAUUAAUUAGUUGGUUAGUUAAUAGAUCAAAAUGUGAAGGAGGGGAAGGAAGCAGUCGGUGGAGCACCACCACCACUAGCAGCUUGUUAAAGAAAGGAAGAAGCAUCAAUGCGGUGCUUCGGGAUUCGGAAAGAUGACUUGUCGGCGUAGUGAUGCCUUGCUACUCUGGGGGGAAAGGAAAACAGUUAACAAUGGUGGAAUUCAGUAAUUCUUUACCAAAUUAGAGUGUCUUUCAGUUGAGCAAAGCGACAGCGAAAUGAAGGAUGUGAUACGGAAGCUCAGGCCUCGUCUCCUCUCAUGGCUCCACAGAUCCGGCUCUGCAGGUCGGAUUGCCCUGUUUGUGAGGCGAUUCUCGUACAAGGAAGUGAAGAAGGCGACGGAUGAGUUUCGGAGGGUGAUGUACAGCAACCCAGAUGGCGUUUCAGCUUACAAGGCCAAGCUUGAGGAUGGGGAGGUCGUGCUGGUGAAAGAAGUGAAGUUUCUUGAUCAUGAGGAGAAUAGUAGCGAUGGUGAAUUUUACAGACAAGUUCAGCUCCUGGCUCGCCUCCAUCACCGCCAUCUUCUUGCUGUUAGAGGCUUCUCCGCGGGGCGCAAGAGGUACCUGGUGUUUGAUAAUAUAGAGAAUGGAAGCUUGAAGGAGCAUCUUGAUGAUCCUCUCAGGACUCCCUUGGAUUGGAGGACAAGGUUGCAAAUAGCCAUUGGCGUUGCAGCAGCAUUGGAGUAUCUGCUGCAUUUCAGUGAUCCACCAAUGUACAGUGUAUCUAUCAGCUCCAGCAACAUCAUGCUCGACCAGAACUUCAACGUUAAGGUUGCUGACAUCUCCGUCCAUACUUCUUCAACAAAUAGCUCGGCUUUAAUCCUCCAGAGUUCCGACUCCGAAGGUUCUGACGAGUUGCAGCAUGAAAACAUAAUCUUUCAGCUAGGGUUGCUGAUCCUGGAGCUGGUCACCGGACAGUCAUCAGUAAAAGGGUGCACGGAUUUGGUUCAGUGGAUUCAAGAGUGCAGUUCCAGCAGCUCAUUUCACAGGAUGAUAGAUCCCGAUCUAGGAGACCGUUACGACUCCAGUGAGCUGAGAAAGCUUCUGGCUGUAGCUAGAGUAUGCAUUAGAUCUCGAUACGAACCUAAAUUUUCUAUUCAGCAGAUAUUCAGGUACCUUCAGAAGAAGGUUGAAAACCCAUAUGAAUUGACAUAUGAAUAAAAUCUCUUCUUCUACUACUUGCUAGCCAUUAUCAUAGAAUGAAAACAAACGUUAAGAGAAAUGAUAGCGUCAUGUCAUUUAACUUAACAGAAGGUACAAUUGAUUAGCAGCAUAUCAAGUCCCAAAAACUUCCUCACAGACGCUAUAUAGAAAGACUACACCAUAAAGAAGACACAAUCAAGACUGAAAUUCAAUUCAAAUAGCCAGCGAAAGCUUCAGGGUCUACUGCUGAGCACACUGCACCCUCUGAGCACCACCUGGCAUCUCAUCAUCUUCAUCAUAUGCCUCAUUCUGAGCCUGCUGCUUCCUCCUCAUCUCUUCUUCGAUGUUGACAUCAUGCAAAGUGGUUUCUUCACACUCAUCAAGCUCCAUCUCAGUCAAGCCACUCGGAUUCUUUGGGGGCAGAACAGCCUCAAGUGACUUCACUUGAUCUGGAGUUAAGGAAUCAGGGAAAUCAACGGUGAAGUGGAUGUAAAGCUUGCCCUUCAAGAAUGGCUUCCGGUACAUUGGCAUUCCCUCAUCGUUGACAGCCUUGAAAGAAUCUGAAAAUGUACAGAAAUUCAAUGUUAAGAAGCUUAACACAACUGUCUCACAAAGAGGAACAUGAUAUUACAUAUGUUCUUGACACUCACCAGGCUUAACGACUUCCCCAGGAAGUGAUUUUAUCAGGAGCUGCCUGCCAUCCAAGUGUGUAAUAACAAAUUGGAAUCCACACAGGGCUUCGGUGAGGGAUAGUGUGUGUUCCACAAACAAGUCAUCCCCUUUUCGCUUGAACCUAGGGUGUUCCUUUUGCUGAAGGACAAAGACUAUAUCACCAGUGACAGUAUCAGGGGCUUCAUCAGCUUCGCCAGGGAAUGUGAUCUUCUGAUUAUUCUGCAUCCCCUUCUCCACUACCACUUCCAGCACCUUCUUCUCAGGGACAACUUUCUCACCCUUGCACUGAGGGCAGCGGUCCUUGUCACUAAUAGAUUCACCAGUUCCUCUGCAUUCAUUGCAAGCAUGCUGCAUCUGCUGGAUCAUUCCUGGACCUAGUUGCCUAAUUGAUACCUUCAUACCGCUUCCUUGGCAACCAGAGCAUUUCAUUGAAGCUCCAGACUUUGACCCCUUGCUGCAUCAUACUUGGAGCAUAUCACAUUCCUGGACAAGGAAAGCUUCUUGGAUCUCCCAAGGUAGAGAUCCUCCAAGGUAACUUUCAAUGGAUGAACAACAUCCUCUCCCUUCCUCUGCCUCCUUCCCCUACUGCUGCCACCUCCAAAACCACCACCUCCAAAGAAAGACUCAAAGAUGUCAAAGGGGUUAUGGCCGCCGCCACCACCACCACCCAUUCCUUCCUUGA